AUGCAGGCGGUGGACCAGCACGGGCGACCCCUCCCGAACGCCACCGUGUCCAUAGAGCAGAUCCGCGGCGUAUUCCCCCUUGGCGCCGCCAUCAACAAGAACAUCCUCGGCAACUCCGCCUACCAGGGCUGGUUCUUCUCCCGCUUCAAGCACACCGUCUUCGAAAACGAGCUCAAAUGGUACGCCAACGAGCCUUCCCGGGGCUCCGAGGACUACUCCGCCGCCGAUGCCCUCGUCCGCCUGGCCAAGUCGCGCGGCGUCGCCAUCCGCGGCCACAACGUCUUCUGGGCCGACCCCAGGUACCAGCCGGGCUGGGUCGGCGGUCUCUCUCCGGCCGACCUCCGCGCCGCCGCCACCAAGAGGAUAAAUUCGGUGGUGGGCCGGUACAGGGGGCAGCUCAUCCACUGGGACGUCGUGAACGAGAAUCUGCACUUUAACUAUUUCGAGAGCAAAUUGGGAAAUCAGGCUUCUCGGCAGCUAUAUUCGACGGCGAACAGGAUCGACGGCCGGGCGACGCCGUUUCUGAACGAUUACAAUACGAUUGAGGACGGCCGUGACGGGGCUUCGUCGCCGGCCAAAUAUUUGGGGAAGAUUAGGGAGUUCAGGGCCCAGGGCUAUAAUGGGCCGCUAGGUAUUGGGCUGGAGGGCCACUUCUCGAAUGCCAAUCUACCUUACAUUAGGUCUGCUAUUGAUACGCUCGCGUCCGCCAGGCUCCCCAUUUGGGUUACCGAGUUGGACGUUACGUCUGGGCCUAACCAGGCAUCGUAUUUGGACCAAAUUCUGCGUGAGAUUCAUUCACACCCGGCCGUGCAAGGCAUACUACUUUGGGUGGCCUGGAGUCCACAGGGAUGCUACAGAAUGUGCCUCACAGACAAUAAUUUCCGAAACUUAGCAACCGGUAACGUUGUCGACAAGUUCAGAGGUCUAUUGGCCCAUGCCGAUUAUCUCCCCGAAACUACUGAUUCUGAGGGAUUUUACGAGGGCUCGUUUUAUCACGGCGAAUACAAAGUGACAAUCAGCCACCCAAACGGCGAACAAGUUUCCGAUUCUCGGCUUAUUAAUGUUGCGCCGCAAGCCCAAGCCGGAGACGUUCAUCGUAUCACAAUCAACGUUUAA